GCUUCCAAGAUGACCAAGAAAAGAAGGAAUAAUGGUCGUGCCCAAAAGGGCCGCGGCCUCGUGCAGCCUGUUCGCUGCACCAGCUGUGCCCGACGCAUGCCCGAGGAUGAGGCCAUUAAGAAGUUCGUCAUUCGGAACAUCGUAGAGGCCGCAGCUGUCAGGGACAUUGCCGAAGCGAGGGUUUUCUGUGCCUGUGUGCUUCCCAAGCUGUGUGUGAACCUGCAUUACUGCGUGAGUUGUGCCGUUCACUGCACGGUAGUCAGGAGUCAUUCUCGGGAAGCCCGGAAGGACCGAACACCUCCACCCCGAUUUCGGCCUGCGGGUGCUGCCCCACAGCCUCCGCCAAAGCCCAUGGAAGGAGCUAAGUCCUUAAAGACUGAAGCAUACUGUCCCCUGGAAAGAAAAUAA